ACUGCGUUAAUGGUGGGUUCUUGUUCCUUUCUCGUUGACUCUAACGCGGUUUGUGAAGAAUUUUUGGAGGAGCUCUGUUCAUCCUGAAUGAAACCCAUGGAAGGAUCCUUAAUCUGCUUCGCAAUCUUCUGGGCUUUUCCCAUUUCUUCAGUUUCUGCUGAUCACACCAACUUCAUCUCCAACCGCUCUCCGACCCAAAAAUCCCAAGACCCAUCUCGGAUCUUCUCCCAAAAUCUCAAAGAGAGCGUCGAUAAUGCCUCUUUGGUCAACGAGGAAGUCGUAGGAGCGGGUACUUGGAAGAGAUUUCUGGAAAUUUGAUGUUUUUCUGGAUGUCAUUGUCGGAAUUAGAGCCCCCGAUCUUCUAUGGUUUUGUGCGUUUAGUUUUAUUCUUUGUCCUGACGAAGACGUCAUUAACGCUUCUUACAGUUCCUAUGUAAAAACUCGAGCUUAACUUCAGACAUGAAGUUCUUCGAUUACCUGUCUCAGCUAUGACAGAACCUGUUAUUUCCUCCGAAGAGGAGCGACUAUGGAAUAUCGUAGAAGCAGAUUCCGCAGAGUUUGAUGCAUGGAUUGCCCUAAUCGAUGAGACAGAAAAGGUGGCUGAGUUUCCUUUGUGCUAUGGGUACUGGAGAAAAUAUGCUGAUCACGAGGCUCGGUUGGGGGAAACGGGCAAAGUUAUCGCGGUUUACGAAAGAGCAGUGCAGUUUUAAGGAACUAGCCGAAGUGAGGCCUCUGUCUGAGCUGAGUUCUGCGGAGGAAACUGCUGACUUUAUUGAUUCCGAGGAGGUGAAAAAAUAUGUUGCCAUCAGAGAACACAUGUACAAGAAAGCUAAAGAAUUUGAAUGUAAGAUCAUUGGCUUUGAAAUGGCUAUAAGGAGACCUUAUUUUCAUCCAAGGCCUCUGGAUAUCGAGGAGCGUGAGAAUUGGCAUAACUAUCUGGAUUUCAUUGAAAACGAAGGUGACUUCAAUAAGGUGGUUAAGUUGUAUGAAAGAUGUUUGAUUGCGUGUGCAAAUUAUCCUGAAUUCUGGAUGUGGUAUGCAUCAUGCGCGGAAGAGAAUGGACGUAUGGAUCUAGCAGAAAAUGCCCUUGCUCGAGCAACUCAAAUCUUUGUCAAGAGAGAUCCUCGGAUUCACAUUUUUGCUGCUCGAUUUAAAGAGCGGAAUGAUGACAUAGCUGGUGCAAGAGCUGCAUAUCGACUUGUGUACUCUGAAAUUGCACCUGGAUUUUUUUCUGAAGCCACUGCUGGUGCAAGAGCUGCAUAUCGACUUGUGUACUCUGAAAUUGCCCCUGGUUUUUUUUCUGAAGCCACUAUUAGACAUGCGAACAUGGAGCAUCGGCUGGGGAACUUGGAUUAUGCCUUCUCUCUAUAUGAACAAGCAACUGUGAUCGAAAAAGGGAAGGAGCAUUCGUCAAUUCUACCGGUUCUGUAUGUUCACUGUGCGAGGUUUUCAUUCUUGGUUUCGGGUGAUGCCGAGGAAUCAAGGAGGAUUCUCGUUGAAGCACUUGAACACUCACAACAACCUUCAUCAUUACUCUUACAGGCAUUGUUGCACUUUCAGACAAUUCAACCAACAGAGAGACCAAGUGGGUAUUUAGAGCCGCUUCUUGGAGAAUUUAUAAUGCAAAGUGAAGAUAUACCCAAAACGUUUAUAGGUCUGCUGAAUGGGGAGAACUAAUUAUGCUUUGUAUGGGGAAAAAAAGACUGAAGCUUUUUUCAGAUUUGGUUUAUAGAAGUAUUCUUCCAUAAGCGUCUCUAAUAAUGUGUAAUGAAAACAAUUAAAACACAGCUAACUAAGCCAUUGAUGAGAUGUAAAUAAAGACAAGGACUUGGGUUCCAUUAGACAAUGUCGGUGGUGGCAAUGGCAUUAA